CAAUAAAUAGAACCUAUCACUUUAAAUCUGCAAUCUCUGGUACAGCAGAGAUCAUAAACUGUUAGUUCUGCGUGGUAAAAAUUACAAGAUAAAGCUGGGAUACUCUGUAUUUCAGAACAGUUUACAAUCGGUUACUCGUUGUUAUUUAUUAAAAUAAUUCUGUCUACAUAGAUAGGUCUUUCAGAAGCACUUAAUAUUGUUUACCAAAGAAAUGGUGAUGGAGAAGCCAAGUCCCCUGCUUGUAGGGCGGGAGUUUGUGAGGCAGUAUUACACACUCUUAAACAAGGCGCCAGAUUUUCUGCACAGGUUUUAUGGGAGGAAUUCUUCCUAUGUUCACGGAGGACUUGACCCAAGUGGGAAACUGGCCGAAGCAGUUUACGGGCAAGCGGAAAUCCAUAAGAAGGUCAUGUCCCUGCAGUUCAUUGAAUGCCACACAAAGAUCAGACACGUGGAUGCUCAUGCCACCCUGAGUGAUGGCGUGGUGGUGCAAGUCCUUGGAGAACUGUCCAACAAUGGCCAGCCCAUGAGGAAGUUUAUGCAAACGUUUGUGCUUGCUCCAGAGGGUUCAGUGGCAAACAAGUUCUACGUUCACAAUGACAUCUUCCGUUAUGAGGAUGAAGUCUUUGGAGACUCUGAAGCUGAGCUCGAUGAGGAAUCUGAGGAGGAAGUUGAGGAGGAGGGAGAGGAGAGGCAGCCUUCCCCUGAGCCCCUCCAAGAAAGCCCCAACAGCACCACCUAUUACGAACCUCACCCUGUCACUAACGGAGUAGAGGAGCCCAUGGAGGAGCCAGCUCCUGAACCAGAACCAGAGCCUGAACCAGAGCCCAAAGCAGAGGAGAUAAAACCUGACACAGAAGAGAAGGUUCUGGAAGAGAUGGAGGAGAAGGCACCUUCACCAGUUCCUGCAGAGUCCCCACCAAACACCCAGGAGCCUGCCAAGACUUUCUCCUGGGCCUCGGUGACCAGUAAAAACUUGCCUCUUUCUGGCACAGUCACCUCCUCUGGAAUUUCACCCCAUGUUGUGAAAGCUCCAAGCUCACAGCCGAGAGUUGAAGCCAAACCGGAGACACAGACAACACCUCUGCGGCCCAGAGACCAGCGCACACGGGACAGACCGGCCUUUACUCCACGAGGUCCCAGACCAGAUGGCGUUGCAUCGUCUGAGUCACAAACAGGAAAACCACACUUGAGUUUUGUGAAUAAAGGUGGACGAUCAGACACUGAAUCUGGUGACAUGGACAGCAGACGGAACCCUCGGUACCCAGACAGCCACCAGCUUUUUGUUGGAAACCUUCCUCAUGACAUUGAUGAGAGCGAACUCAAAGAUUUCUUCAUGACAUACGGAAAUGUCGUGGAGCUGAGGAUCAACACCAAGGGUGUUGGUGGAAAGCUGCCAAACUUUGGAUUUGUGGUCUUUGACGACUCUGAUCCAGUGCAAAGAAUUCUGGGGGCGAAGGUAGACGGGCCCAUCAUGUUCCGCGGCGAGGUGCGUCUGAAUGUGGAGGAGAAGAAGACGAGAGCGGUGCGUGAGCGAGAGACCCGAGGCGGAGGGGAAGAACGCCGGGACAUGCGACGCAACGACAGGGGCCCUGGAGGUUCACGAGGCAUCGUGGGAAGUGGAAUGAUGCGCGAACGUGAUGGGAGGGGACCUCCACCUCGAGGCGGCAUGGCCCCUAAACCUGGCAUGGGCUCUGGAAGAGGCUCCGGCGGCCAGGGAGAGGGUCGCUUCACCACACAGCGCCGCUGAGAAGAGCACCACCUGCAGCGUGGAAGUAGUACCGUGUUCUUCAUCUUCAACCGUUCUCGUUAACGCAAAGAAAAUCUUCAUGUAUAAAAGUAUAUAUUUGUUUUUGUUUAUUUUUUUUGUUCCCUCUUUGCUUUGGAAUGUGACACAGCCUGUCAACCAUUUGUUUGUAAAAUAGACAAAACAGAAAUAAGCAAACAGAAAAUCUCGCUUAUUAGUUGUGAGCUGAGCAUCCUUUUUUCGGGUAUCUCAAGAAUUCACAAAACUUUAAUUUGUAAAUUUGUGAAAAAAAGGCAAACCAACCAGGAUAAAUCUGCCACAUUAGGAGGGACUGAUAAGACUUUUAAGUACGACAAUACAGCCCAUCAUUUGGAAAAGAGAUUAUAUGCCUUGACUUAACUGGGGCGCUGCUUCACGAAAUCCCUGUAUUGCACAUUUUCUAUGGUAGUUUUCUGCCCGUUACUGUUGGAAAAGAGUGAGAUGCAAAAUUUGUGCAGUUCCAGGGGAAAAGCUUGCCUUUUACUUUUUUCCUUUUGAGAGACCACUGCUUCAAAAUUGCAUAAAGCACUCAUCAAUAUGCACUAAUGGGUACUUUUGUCGUAUUACAUUGACAUCCAUGCUCGGAAUGCAGCUGGAGAGACCUGUUUUGUCUCAAAACGAUACGACUUAACCGGGGCAGGCCUCGCUUACAGCCUGUCCGCUGUGACCAAUGUACUUUUCACACUUUGACCCAAAACUACGCUUCAAUUACUGCUGGAUGGACAAGAUGACAAGCAAAUCUACAUUAUAUUUUUCCUCAUUUAUAAUCAAAUAAACAAGAAAAAAAAGAGCUCAAAUCUUGGACUUUCACCAAAUGAGUGGGGGGAAAAGGAUUAACAAGAAACAAAGUUGAACAAUAGGAGAGUGGUGAUGAUGAUGGCUGCUCGCUCUGUUUUUUUUUCUUCUUUUGAUUCCAAGUUUGUUUUUUCUUCAUUUUUUUCCCUGCCAGCUAGACCGCGAAAACUGGGAUGGACAACAACUCCUUCCCUCUUCCCUCCCUUCCCGUCUUAAGCACGGAGAAACAGAAUAAAUGUACAGCAAAAAUCAUAGUUUACUGUAUGUUUUGUUUUCUGUGCAUCUUUUCUUUUCUAUAUCUCUCAACUUGAUAAGAGCAUGAUGGUGCCUUCUAUUUCACCUUUUCCAGUCUUAUAAAAGCGGUUCGAGGCUUUGCCGCCUCCUAAUGUGGAGCUGCUCAUUUUGAACUUUUGACUUCUGGGAGCAGACACACCUGAGGAAAAGAAAAUUGCAGUAUUCACAUGAUUUAGUUUUUCCAGGUGCAAAUUUCUUUUUUCCAUACUGUUUUACUACCUAAGAUGUUCUGUUGUGAGUUUUGUACAUUUGUUUUGUAUCGUCUGUUCUGGGUUUUUGUAGAGACAAUAGGUGCCUCGAGUUCUGUUUGAUGUUUAGAGGUGCAUCUGAAGAACUUCUCCCCAAACAAAUAUAAAGGUACAUUAAAGAUGGUGACAGAGAAACGCUUGGUGUUUGGUUUACAUGUCAUAGCUCAACAAAACCGCGAAGGAGAGAAAAUGUCUCGCAGUGGGAUUCAGAUACUGCUCAUCCUUAACUUUCAGUCUGACUUGUUUUUUUUUUUUUUUUUUAAACCUCAUGGCAGCACGCGGGUUAAAUCCCUGGACUCUAAAGUUGUCAGACUUUUUCUCAGCAACAAUUUUGUAAUGAUCUGUUCGGGUGGGCCGGCCGUAGCGCCGGUCUAAAGAAAUAAUUGUGCUCACACUUUUCUAGCUGUUAAUGCAUUUGUAUUUUCAUAUGCUGAUUAUUCAUUGUGCUUAUUUUAUUCUGUUUGUUUUUUUUUCAUUCAAGGCAAGUCUGGUCUGAUGCCAUUCUGUUCGUCUCCUUGCCCUAUGGUGUUUUUUCUUUUUCUACCACUCAGUAGGUAGGGAGGGAAGACCCUUCUGGUUUCAGCUGGAAAGGAAAACCCAAAACAUGAGAUGUUGUUUUACAUUUUAUUUCUGUUUUUUUCUUGUUAUCUUGCACUGAAAUGGGAAGUGAAAAUCAAUGUAGCAUUUUUCUGGACAAAUAUAAUGAAUGAGGUCUUCCUUGUCUGGUGGUAUUGCACUAUUCCCAAAAUUCCUGGGACAAUCUGUCAGUUUGAACACAGCCUCUCUCCAAAUUUCUCAUCGGGUAAUGACAUUAAGUGAAAAAGAAAAUAAUAGGGCUUAUCUAUUAAUCAGCCUGAAAUAGCCUUUUCUCUCUUGGAGUUCAAACCAAAUUCAUACUUAAUGUAGUUUUCAACAGUAAUGCUGGGCUCUCUCCCUUUUAUAGUUAAAAUAUUUUCUGAUGUUAGCUUAUUUUCAAUAGAGAGAUUUUUAAUGUGUUACCAUCAGUUUGUGACCGAAUAUUACAGAAAAAUAGCUCUUUGGUCUUUGAGUGUUAACAGACAGCUCUUAUUGGGUGCCUCAACCUGAAUGUUAGUUUCAGGUAAUUACUUAACACGGGCACUUGACUACAAUCCUACAUUUACAGCAAUGAAGAGGGCGGUGAAGAAGAGCCAUCAUGCUUUCAGACCAAUUUGUGCUUUUACAUAGUAGUGGUGGUGAAAAAGAAACCUAUUUGUCUGAGUGUAUAAGUUUAACAGUUGAAUGGUUAUUUCUCAUAUUUUCAACAAACCAACCCCCUUUUUCCAAAACCUGAAAGGAUCCUCAGAAGAAAAUCCUUAAAGAUGUAUAAAUUAACUUUCCUGUGGUUGAAAAUGCAGUAGAGUGGAUCCUCAUUGUGAAUCAUUCCAGUCCUUGUUAUUUAUUUUGAAUGGAAAUAGAAGUACCUUCUUGGCUUAAGCAGGUGUGGUAAACAGUUGGCUGCCAUCUUAAGUUUUACUGUGUUUACCCUUUACUUGUUGCUAGUACAAAAGUGUUGCAGGUGGAGAAUCUUUUUCUUCUUCCUUUGUUCUCUUUUUCUUUCUAUUUUGAAUGUGUUGGACUUAACAUACAAUAAACUACUGAUAUCAGCACCACUCA